AUGGCCACGACCUGCAUAUCUAUCAUCAAGCUUGCGAGAGUUCCAUUCCCCUUCAAUUUGAGCAACCCGCCGAUUUUAGGCGCACCAGGCGGAGACUGUUUGCAGCUUCCAGGACCAAAAACGAUUCAUGACUACAUGGGUAAAGGUCGUGACAUUGUUCUGAGAGUGGACAUUCAAAGAGCAGCAACUAAAAGACAGAUACUUGGAAUCUGCAGUUCUCAUAUUAUUCUGAUAGGUCUGCCCUCCAUCAUGUUCAGCUCAAAUCCAAAUCCUUGA